AUGGCAAUUGGUGUGGCACUCAUUGAAGCUGAAAAGUCCUUCGGAGAUGGUACAGUCUUUUCAUCCCACACAAUAUACCUUAAUACCCCGUCUCCUUCUCUUCACGCUGCUGAUAGCUGCACUCUUCCAGAGCAUUUAUCCGCUAUUAAAGCUACUGAGGAACUCGAGCUAAAAGCGGUCUAUUCCUCUUCUCAGGUGGACGCUGAGGAGCUUGCAGCAGAGAAUGGUGAUGUUGACGCCUUUUUUGACUCCCCAAAUGAGCAACAGCGUUCAUUCGACGCGCUCCUUUGCAGAAAGGACAUUGGGGCAUUUAUCAUUACUCUGCCCCUGAAUUUGCAAGCAGAUAACAUCCGCCGAGCACUAAAAGCAGAAAAACAUGUUCUGAGCGACGCACCAAUUGCCAAGGAUGUUGAGACGGCUAAGAAGCUUCUGGAGUGGUACGCUGACCGCAAUGGGCAUGCCUUGUGGAGCGUAGGUGAGAGUUACCGCUUCAAAGAUACCAUUCUUUUUGGCGGGUAUCAGUUGAAAAGGCUCGACGGGGCUGUUCAAACAUUUACAUUAAAAAUGUAUGCCAUGGCCAAGGAGGAUGAUAAACUCUAUCAAUGUUUAGCGCGCCAAGACCAAGGGGAACACGGAGGCUUCGUACUUGAUGUUGGAGUCCACUUUGUCGCAGCCGUCCGCUUUCUUUUAUCUUCAGCGAACGCAACGAUUACUCAAGUCGCCGCAUUCACCUCACUCCUUCGACCAGAGUUCUCCUCGACUGACACUGCAAACGCCGCCUUGCAUCUCUCCAAUGGCAAUAGCGGAACAAUGAGCUUAUCAUUCGGCACUGAGUUUGACUCGGCCUUCGAGAUUCACAUCGUAACUGAUAAAGGUGCCGUGAUGGUGACAGACCGGCGCGUUACGGUGAUCAAGGAUGGUGAGGAAGAAGACACUGAGCAGGAGAUCAGACGGGAUUUCCCUCACGAAGAUUUAUCCCUGAAGCGAGAGCUCGCCGUUUUCGCAACAGGCAUUCUCAAGGAAAAAGAGAUCGAGAGGAGAGGACUUCCUCAAGAAUCGCUUGCAGACCUGAAGCUCGUCCAGGCAAUGAUCGAGAGCGGCGAGGAGAACGGAGCUGUGAAGGCCGUCGACUAA